AUUCCAACGACGCGACCAAGAUUAAAUCUGAUGACGGAGCAGACGAUGAUAAGAAGAAGAAACGUCAAAGACGCCAGAGGACUCACUUUACCAGCCAGCAGCUCCAAGAACUAGAGGCCACUUUCUCCCGAAACAGAUACCCCGACAUGGCCACUCGCGAGGAGAUCUCUGCCUGGACCAACCUCACCGAAGCUCGUGUGCGGGUGUGGUUUAAAAAUCGGCGAGCGAAGUGGAGGAAGCGAGAAAGGAAUAUGGAAACAUUCAAGACCAGCUUCGGGCCUCAGUUUAACGGUCUCAUGCAGCCACCAUUCGAUGAUGGUCUUUACACAGGAUACUCCUACCAGAACUGGGCCACUAAGGUGCCAUCUCCGUUGAGUUCCAAGAGCUUCCCCUGGGGUCUCAACAUGAACAGCCCGGUCAAUCAUCACCUCCCUUCUGUGGUCUCCAGUCAGCAACUCGGUGGAUUUUCGUCUUCCCCUGGACCGAUCAGCAGCAUAAACUCGCCUAUGAUGGGAACGGGAGGGGGAAUGAACUCCCACGGUGCUGCCUGCCCAUAUGGACCUCCAGCCCCACCUUACAUCUACAAUCGGGAUCAGUGCUCCAACAGUAUCGCAGCUCUUCGGCUCAAGGCUAAAGCUCACUCGUCUCCCUUCUACCCCUCGAUGCCUCCUCGACAACCAACUCUAUCUGCUUGUCAGUAUGCUAGCGUCGGCAACAGCACCGCAGUUUGA